AGCCACAUGUCCAGACACAGUUCAGAAAGGAACAACAGAUUUCAGCAUGUUGACAGCAGUGAUACUGUCAGCGCUCCUGAUGAUGGGGGGUCUCGGAGGGGUGGCGGCGUCUGACUUCCACGUCUUCGGGAAGUCCCUCCACAACGGUGAAGCCCUGCGAAGCAGCAUCGACGACAGGCACUCUGUGAGGAAACAGCCGCGCCAGCAGAUACCGAGUGGGCUCCGCAGAAGUUUGGAUCUGGAGAGCUUCAAGCUGCACGUGACUCCGGCCACCAGCAGGAACAGCCUGCCCACCAUCAUCAAGCUGUACCCCCCUACGGCCAAACCUCUCCACAUGCACGCCAACAUGCCGCUGCGCUUCGGCAGGGACAGCAGCGACGAGAGGGUGCCCAACUCCAGCCCCAACAUGCCCCAGAGGUUCGGGAGGUCCUGGGAGUUGGUCGAGAUGUGCGGAGAGUGCCGCGAGGCACGAGACGCCCCCAGCCCGGUGCUGCCUCAGAGAUUUGGAAGAAACGCUCCUUACUGGAGUCUCCUCAGGACCCUGGCCAGUGAACACUUGUUGGACGCUGGCUUGCACUGGACUGAAGAUUUUGACUACAAAACCAGUUCUGAAGAAGACGUAGACACAGACGAAAAGACCUUCAAAGGAUAGCCAGAUCUUCCUUCCAUUGAGUGUUUUUAUUGUAAAGAUGCUUCAAGCUAUUAAAACAAAGCUUAGAUCUGGAGUAUUUCCAUGUAGAUGUUGUCUCCUGAUAAUAAUGUCCUUCUCUGUAUUGAAACUGAUCU